GAAUGCGAACACGAGAGAGGGAUGAGAAAGGGUGGCUCACGAGACGGGGUGGAGAACGCGAGAAGGGGUGGUUUGGUAGCCCGCUCGUUGGUUCGGCCCCUUCGGCCAGUCGUGCUGUGGCGGCAACCGCGACAUCGUUGUCGUGCACCACCCUCGUCGGCUGUCGCUGCGAGUCCCUCGCGCGCGUCCGGACACAGAGAAGAAGACGAUCCAUCCACACGUAGGACGGGCACUAGCUCGUCCUGGAAGCUCUCCCUGGAACUCGUUGCGAUUUGUCGUCGACUUAACCUCAGCGGAGUCGUCGAUCAUCGUCGCGGGGAGUGCGGGGUAAAAGCGCGACACGUAGGGUGUCUCCGAGUUACAUCGAGCCGUUUAAAACGAUCCUCUCCCUCUUUUCUCUCUCUCUCUCUCUCUCUCUCUCUCUCUCUCUCUCUCUCUCUCGCUCUCGCUCUCUCAUCUUCGUCUCUCCCCUUCUUCUUUCUCUCUCGAAUCUGCGAAUUCUCAUACCGUGACAAGAACGUAGUUUAGGUCUUGCUCGUGAAGAUUCACCUUCACGAGAAACGAUCCUCGCGUGCUACUGGACGAGAUCGGCUGUCAGGAAAGCGGGAAAAGCGAGCGCGCUAAACGAAACCCCGUCUCGCUACGAUGCGAACGAUAGUCCUCUCAUUCCUGAGGAUUAACGGACAAUGACGAUAAGAGCAGUGUGUCUCACCGCUGAUCCGGCUGAUCAGAAGAUUGGCAACGGAGAUCGCCCGGCAGGCGUAAAGCGCGCGACGACAGAUUAGCAGCGGCGACGAAACGCAGCGAAAGUGAGGAACGAAACGCGAAAAGAGAGGGAAAGUCGCCGACGGAGGAUCGGUCGACGGAGAACGGCCAGCGCGGCAACGAGUUGUCGUUGUUUCUCGCCUUGCGAGAAUCGAUCGGCAGUAAUUAACGCGCGCCACGGCUGCUUAUGCAGAGGCGAGUUCCGAUUAGAAAUAUCCGCGAGGAACAUUGAAAGAGAUCCGGUGGAACGCGGUUCGCCUGUCGCGAGAGAACUCGAGGCGAUUUAAAAAAGCGAAUCAGGCUCGCGAGGAGUCGUUUCGGUCGAUUUGUCGUGGAAAUUACCCUCCGACUGUGCGAGGCUCUCAAGAUCUAUUGCCAAGGCUCCCGCAGGAUCGCCGGACUCUGGAUGGAUCGAUGUUCUCACCAGGAUGAGGAAUUUCACCGGGACAUGGCAGUUAUCGGAUUCCCGCGGACCGUCGAUCGAGCCAUGCGGCUGCCUCAACCUCGGGCCCAGGAGCGUGGGAAAUGAAGACGAUCGGCAGCGAAGUGGAGCUACUGAGUCCAACUGGGUCGUCACUUUGAAAUUCGAAGCAAGAUUCUGCCAUGCCAGGCUUUCGGAUUUAAAGGCGGGACGCGGCCGCAGUUGCCAUCAUCAUCACCACUACCGUCGCCAGCAUCGUUACCAUCAUCGCCGCCGACACCAUCAACGUCACCGACAUCACUACCGCAGUUAUCGCCAGCGCCAGCAAAUCGCGCUCGUUAAACUCGCUCGUGAAAUCAAGUCCGUUUAACGUAUCGGAAAUCUGACGGACGAAGCAGAACCGACCGCGCUCUCGCAUGGCCACGACGACGUCGAGGCCGACGCCGACGCCGAGGCCGAUGACGACGCCGGACGAUUCCACCGAAACCUGAGCUUGAACGUCGGAGAUAACCGACCGUCUCGAUCUCGGCUCGUUUAUUGGAGCAACAGAAGCGCCCGGAGAAAUCACGUUCGGUAAUCACAUCGUCGCUUCGAAGUCUCCCUCGGGAAUUCCUCAUCUUCUUCCGACUGGCGUCCAGUCGUCCGAUAAAUAAGGAACAGAAAAAGACAGUUUUCUCAGCACGAGAAAAUCCGAGAAAACGGGAGAGACGGGAAAGAGAAAGAGAGAGAGAGAG